AGCGCACUCCUAUAUAAGCAUGCGUAGAUCCGCGUGCGUGCAGAUCAGUCCCAGGUUCUGAUCCAAUAAAGUAGUGAAAACCGAUCGUCAUGUUUAAGCUGAUGAUUAUUUCCGUUCUGGCGAGCAUCGCCACGGUGCAAUGUGGAACCAUUCUCACGCCCGUCGUCGGUAAGCUCGUCUCCGAGAAGGUCAUCGAGGCGCACGGCAACCACGUGGUGCAUCCGUCGCCGUCGCUGCUGAGCUACCCGAACGUCGCGCUGGUGCAGCAUCCGGUCGCCGGGCAGUUCGUCGCGCAGCCGUUGGCAAAGGCCUCCCUGAUCGCCGAGAAGACGAUCGAGGCUCACGGGCACCAAGUGAUCCACGACGCGCGUCCGUUGAUCGCGGUGGCGAAACCUCAGCUGGCACCCGCGUUUGUCGCACGCGAAAUAGGGGCGCCGUACUAUUCGCCAUACUACGCGGCGUAUCCUCAGCAAUUUGUCGCCGAGAAGACCGUGUCCAGUUACGGGCACAGCAUUCAACACGCGUAAUAAAAUCAUCGGGCAAAGUAAAACGUGGCUGGUAACUCUGAAGAGCACGCAUGGAUUUACAAAAAAAAAAACUCCAAGUUCUUUCACGUUGAACAUACUGAAAUAAAAUACGCAAAAUUCCGGUUUAAGAAUAUCGUAAUUAUUUUUAAAAAUAUGUCUUUAACUAAAAGUUCUUCUACUCCGUAGAUUUCAUGAAAUUGAACAGAUUAAAGACUGUCGAUCCUAGUUGAGUUCAUUAAAGUUACCAAAUCACUUUUUUUUGUAUAUCAACUCUUGUGCUCGCAGUCGGAGAGAGAAAACCGCUUAUCCGAAACUAUCAUCAUUCUCGAUGACUUUCGCGGCGACGUUGCCCUUGAAAUCGUUCUAACAGUAAAAUCUAAGUUCGAGAACCAUGUCGUUCGCGUGACUCGACAAACAGAUUGAAACUGGCAGUCUUUGGCCUGGGAAAGAGGCCCGUUGAUCAGGUUUGUCGACAUUUGUAAAAAAAAAAAAACAUUAUGUUAGACGUAUUCGACAAAAUGUAAGUUUCUCAAUAAAUUUUCAUGCAUUUUCAUAUUCAGACACAU